AUUAACAGUUAUUUCUACAAAUUACAAUCACUAAAUUAUGAGAACAAUUAAUGAUGACAAUGAGAAAGAAAAACAAACAUUUUCUUCACGUGUUUCUCUUCAUCAUGGUAGCAGUGGCGCUCCAAGGUUCGAUUUGUUUGGGUCGAAAACAUCGAGCCGAAAUUGGAAUAUGCCGAUCUCAUGAUUCUCGAGGAAAUAGAACGAAAAUUUCUUGUAUGAUCGAACCGAAAGUCUAUUGUUGUCCAGUUCUAUCGGGCGAUAAACCGGUGAAAAUUUGUUGUACCUUGGAAAAGUUUCUCGAACAUCAUCAAUCAUUAAUCAUUCAGGUCUCAUUUAUGUUCAUUAUAAAUGUCUUAUUAUUAGUGGCCGUGAUAUGUUUAAGUGUUUAUGGUUAUUAUCUAUUAUCUAUUCUUCCGGAAAUAAAAGUUGAUUAAACUCUUC